AUAGAUUUUAGGUUAUGUACUUUUCCUCUUGUCUUAUUUAUUGUUAUUGUGCUAUUAGCUUUCUGGUGUAUUAAUGUUUAUUAUAUAAUUCUGUUGGAUUUUUUUACAAAUUUGAAAUAUUAUUCAAAUUUAAAAGAAUCUGUUUUGGCAUACUAUGUAAUAAGUUGUUCCAGUUUUAGAAUGAGUCUUGAAACUUGUCGGUUAUGUGGCUCUGAAAAACGUAUUGGUGUAAAUUUGUUAGAUAGGGGAGCAAGAAUUGGUUUGUUUACAAAAAUUUUGGAACUAUUUUCCAAAGAAGUUAUUCAGAUUGAUGUUAAUGAUAUGCUGUCAAAGUUUGUUUGCAAGGAUUGUGAAAUAACAGUUAAUCAUUUUUCUGAAUUCUGUGAACUGGUGAAAAAGACUCAGAAGAUUCUACACCAAAAAACAACCAUACCCAGCUUGUCAUUGAAGAAAUCGGUUGUACCCCACAUUGUUGGCUGUCACAAUAAUGGAACAGAAUCAGUGAAUGUGACCGUUGCUUCGGAUGGGAAAUUCAAAUGUGAGAUCUGCGAAACCAGCCUGGACAAUGUGCAGACGAUGACUCUGCACAUGGUGACUCACGGCCUGGGCACGGUGGUGUGUCGUUGCAGGGAGUGCGGCCACAGCGACGAGGUCAGCUGCUUCAUCAAGGACAGAGUGCUAGUGUGUCCCACCUGCUUCUUCACCGCCAAUAAACCGACCGACAACAACAAGAAACACGUUUGUGAAGUGUGCAACAAGUCUUUCAGAACGAUGGGGCAUAAGAACAGACACAAAAUGAUUCACGACGGCCUCAAACCGUACCUCUGCGAAACUUGCGGGGUCAGAUUCAGUCAGAAAGCCAGUCUGAAGAUCCACACACUUAGCCACAAAAACGCGUUUCCGUUCAGUUGCGAGUGGUGCGGUCAGUCGUUCAGGUACAAAGUGUCGCUCACUUCGCACACGAUGAACGUUCACUCGCAGGCCUCCGAUUCGAAACACGAGUGCGAUCAGUGUAAAAAGCAGUUCGCCACUGCUCAUAAGCUGCAAAGGCAUUACCGCAGUCACACAGGCGAGCAGCCCUACCGCUGCUCCAUCUGCAACCGGACUUUCUCUCAGUCAGGCAACUACAAUGCACACAUGUUGAAUCACAAGACUGACUUCACUGAUUUCAUUGUCGACGACCUACUCAAGACACCACCUAGCAAAACAAUAGAAUCCAUAUACAAUAACCACACAUCAAUCAGCGAUGCUGAUAAGGAUUACACACCUAUCAAUGAGCCGGCUCAAUUAAAAUUCAAUGAAGACCAAAAUAAUAUCCCAAAAGAAGCACCUGAAAAUUUAUUUGGAAACUUCCAGCCUCAUGACUGUGUAUUUGAUACAAUUGUCUAAAGUUGGUAGGCCUAUCUCUUUGCCAAUAAAUUUGUUGUCGAUAAUCUCUCCCUAAAUAAUGAGAUUUUUUAGUAAGCCUAUUUACAUGAACAUACUCUCUGUUUUGAAUCAGUAAAUGCAAAGGCAAAUACACAAAAGCUAAAAUAAGAGAAUAUGGAACACAAGUUAACACGGGAAUCAGUGGAGCAGAUGGCAUCAUUCCCUUCACACGCAUACAGCAUCCUUCCACAACACCGAGAUCCGCCUUUCCCCCUACAGCAUUGUUCGACAAAUCAUCAAUUAGUCCACACAGUCACUGCAGUAAACUAUUAUCAGACUCUAGCCUGUUACUGUUAGCCCAUUACCUUGUAUGCAUAUUUUUUUAUUAUUAUUUACUAUUGCUAUCUAGUCAUUGUAUGCAUAUUGCAACACUUUGAAUGCAUUCAUAUGCAGAUGCAUGUGAACUUUAAGUGCUCUCAUGUGCUCCUGGUGGCUAACGGCUAGAUUUAUGAUUUUGUUACUGCA